ACCAGCGGCAGCCCUCAGAAAGUGGGAAGUUUUCGCCGAAGGAUUCUGUCUAAAAAUUAAUCACCUUCAUGUCGACUCUGUUGGAUACUAACCCGCCGAUGCUAUGGUUACCUUUAUUACGAUCUUACAGGUGAAUCUAGUGAUGUCCAUCCUGCUGUAUGUGAUGGUCCUCGUGUACCUCUAUGGUAUCCAGGCAACCACCAUGGACAGCAGUCAACAGGGACAACAGCAGCAGCCAAGUCCUGACCCCUUAAACUCCCUUAUCAUCCAGCUGCUUCAGGCCGACCUGACCAAAGGGAGGACCAGAGGGAACCAGAGCCAACAGGGGAAGAGUCGCCCCCUUGAGCCCCAGGAAACGCUGCCACCUGUCCUCAGUGAAAACUUCCCUCUACCGGAGCAGGGCGAUGCAGAUCAGUGGGGGACGGGGGGACGCAGCGGUGGUAGCAGCGAAGGCUGGGUGGACCAGCAGGUGAUGUUAUUGAACUCGGACCUUCUCAGGCAGCACAAGCGGUACAACUCACCUCGGGUGCUGCUAAGUGACCGGCCUCCACUACAGCCGCCACCGCUGUACCUCGCGGACGAUUUUGUGGAGAGCGGAGCAGCGGGGAACAAAACACGAAAGAAGCGCUAUGCUGAACACAAGAGCUACCGUGGGGAAUAUUCUGUGUGUGACAGUGAGAGCAAGUGGGUGGUUAAUAGAACCCAAGCAGUGGACACUAACGGGAAUGCCGUUAAUGUUCUGGCUACAAUUAAAACCAGUGCAACGCAGAACAUCAAACAGUACUUUUAUGAGACGCGUUGUCGGACCCCCAGGCCUUUCAAAGGUGGCUGCAGGGGAAUUGAUGACAAGAACUGGAACUCACAGUGCAAGACGACACAAACAUAUGUUCGAGCACUGACACAAGUUCGAAAUACAGUGGGCUGGAGGUGGAUACGCAUAGACACUUCCUGCGUCUGUGCGUUAUCAAGGAAACGUCGUAGGACGUAAACAUAACCAUACACACCCUGCUGAGGACUACAUGUUUGGAAUCUACUUCCAGUUUAGGAUUUACUUCCUGUUCACAGAGCUCCUGCCACAGGAUUAUGAGUCAUGGCGGUUAAGAGCAACAUUCUGCUAAAAAGUGAUACUUCUACUGAAGAAACCAUGGGUCUGUGUAAAAGAGAUUUCACUUCAAUGUGCUGCAAAUCCACAGAACGCUGCAGCAUUGCUGUUAACAGAAGAACUUGAUUAAGUGAGAUUGGGAGGGAGGGAGUGAGUGUGUGUGAAGGGGGGAACUGUACAUAUAAAUUAUUUAAAUUAUAUGAAAUGCAUGUAGUUUAUACAUGUUUAUCUAUCUAUCUAUAUAUGACGUAUGAAUAUAUUUGUGUUAUUUAUUGAAAGAAGUCUUCUCAAGGAAAAAUGUCUAUAAAAAGGAAUGAAAAAAGCUAUGGACUUGUUUUGAGACUAUAAUACAGAGCUGGGCUGCAAAGGUGCUCAACAGUAAGACUUUACAUGUGCCUUGACCAGAGCAGAGACAUAGAACUUGGUAACUCACACACAGCAGUUGCUGCAAAUGUUUUAGGGGUUGAAUCUUUUAAAUCUAGAAAGUGACAAAUGUGAGAGGACCAUUCUGUCCCACAGACCAAUAUGGGGCCCAAAUUAUAAGCAUUACCUCUCAAUGAGACAGGCAUCAUAUGACCGAAACACAAACUUGUGAUUUAUGACCAAACGUAAACAUUUACACUGUGCUUCCAUGCUGUUUUGUUUUGACACACCAAAAAGUCCAUUUAUUCCUCUGGGAGACACCUUUUUUUUUUUUCUUUUUUUUUUUUUACAAAAAUGGAAAUGCAAAUCAUUCUUGUAGAAUCUGCUGGCACUGACAGACAGAUACUCAAGAACAUCCAACUGUUUGGUUUCCUCGGACCAAGUUUUACUCUCAACUGUUAUCAUGAGCUGUUAUCGUUUCUUCCUGUCAAUAAAGACUUAUAUUUCUUAAA